AAUGUUUGUAAGUGGCAUGCUAAUGAGUUUGUAGGAGUGUCUUCCGCGAUCUCAUUAAUCUCUGGCGCUUAUAAAUUCUCCCAGUUAACUACGCAGACGCAGUCACCGCUCCAGGGAUAUACAGUAUCUCUCUCUCUAUGACUCUGUAACUCUGUCUCUCUCAACUCACCGACUUUCCAUCCCAAAAGCGCCACAACGCCAGGCUCCACGACUCUAACCAUGACUUCCCACUUGCCGGGUCUACUCCUCGUGGCGUUGCUGUUCGUGAGCGAAGGGCACAGCAUCAAAUGCUACUCAUGCCGCACGAACAUCAACAAUACGGUGUGCAAUGAGGGCGGUGCCAUUCAGUGUUCCGGAAACUCGCAUGAUGCCUGCGCGACAAUAACCAUCCAACAGGGCUCCACCUACCUCCUCACCAAGAAGUGCAUGAACUUUGAAGAAUGCAAAGCCAUAAAUAUAUACGACUUCAACGGUCGCGUGACGAUCUUGUGCUGCCAGACCAACGGCUGCAAUUUCAACGCCGCCCCUCGCCCGGUGGGCGCAGCUCACGUGACCCUGGCCCUGCUGGGCGUGGCCAUCAGCGCCGUGGUCAGCAGGGCUCUGGUGUAGGUCGUGACGUCACAGCCGCACCCCCCACCCCCACCCACAUGUGCCUGGGUUCUGUCCAAUCGCUUUUGCCCUUCCACUCGGUCGUCUCACGACGCUUGCACCAGUGGAGCUGUGCAACGUUAAAAUCGUCAAGAUUGUUGCGUUACGCUGCUAAAGAAGUUCAAUGUACGUGUGAACAUACACAGAGACAAGUAGACUCGUCACGCAGAAACCUACAGACUCACCACAUAGCGAUCCAUAGACUCAUUACGCAGAUACCCAAGUCGUGAAUGAUAUAUCAUCAUUUAUCGAGAGCCAGACAGUGGAUCCUGCAUGGCAGAAGAGAAUGGAAAGGUCUUUAACCUUGAUUUGGAACAGGUCACGGAGGGUGUUCAGAGAGUUUGCGGAUGAUUGGGGGGUGAAAGGAAGUCCUAUACUCAAGGGUGGAGGUGGUGGGUGGGGUAGCAGAUUUGCAUGACCCUUAUCAAUGGCAUGUACAAGGUACUGCUCGAUUUACCGAAUGGCAUUCGUUUCUCAAACAUCUAAAAAACAGACUCACGAGCAUAACUAAAUUUGUCAUUCGCAACGGCUUUACCCGUUUGGUUUAAUACUAAAACUUCGGGGAAGCGUAUCGGACAGUCAUUACAACUCGAAAAAAACAUUUUCAACACACCUUUGUCACUUUUCAGGGUGCAAAAAACGUGUAAUAACAUUAUUAUUGAACGUGAAUAUUAAAACGAUUGAAUAAUAAUACAUUUGAAAUAACUAAUAUGUAUGUUGGAAUGACUGGAGAGGGUGAUGUGGAGAUGUUACCGUUGCACUGUAUAGGGACACCAUAAUACUGUCGCGGAUCGGAAUCUUUAUUUAGACGGGAGGGGGAGGAAAUCUGAUGACCUACGAAGCUCUUUGUCGCAGAUUUUCGAUGAUGUAGUCUCCCCGGUGGCAUUCUCGUUAGAUGGGCGACUGCCGUAGGAAAUUCUAUUACGCAGAAAUUCGAUUUAGUUGAUUGUACCACAGUGGCUAGGGAGCUGAUAACUUCCUCGCCUGGUAUACAGGAGGUCGUGAGUUCGAUCCCCAUCCUGACAUUGCGUGCUGCUGUCUUUGUAGUUUGCGUGUCAAUCUCUCUGUGUUCCUCCGAUUUUUCAUCUUCACAUUUAGAAUCAACAUCACUACGCAUUCAGGGCUAUUUGCCUGCUGCUAGACAUUUCUACGUGAUGACGAUAAUAAUGAUAUCAUGAUACUUGGUUGUGCUGCCAUCGUAUGUGAUGGCCCAGAUCGCUUCUGAAAGAGCUACACCAGCUCAUUAGUGGUGACUUACACCUGGUUAAAAUCUCUAUUAAAGGGAAAUUUGCGAAUGUGACUGUUCGAAAUGUUUAGCAUACUUCCCAACGUGCAACAAACUUAAAAUUUCGCAUGUCGGUAGCUUCCAGAAUGUACACAAUUGAAAAGUAUAAAAAAUAGACUUUUGUGUUGGGUUUUUUUGGGGGGGAGGCGCAAUAAUGGAUAUAUUUUGCAAGGCAAGUGAGC